UUUCGAUCUACGCAAUUUAUUAUUUUCUUUCGCUUCGCGUCACGCAAAAAAAAAAACGAAAUUGUGAAUUCGAUCAAACGACAUUGUGAAAAUGAAUCUCGAAGCGCUAAUAACUGUAAUUUCGUUCAGUUUUCUGGUCAACAUUGUCUUCUCCCAAUCGUACUAUGAUAGCUUGGAAAGCCGCCGAGCUGGUGGCAAUAGAAGAAGACCUUGUGUCUUCAAGAAUAGGCCCAAAAAAGGACAUCAUCAGGGCCGCACAUUUCUAGACUGGAACAUCCAGCAGUACGACAUAAGCUACAACUACAAUUACAACAUCGAUUGUAGUGGCGGCACAGGAGGUGGAAAUAACCACCAGGGACUUCUGGGGUCCCAUUUCCAAGGGGGCAAUAACCAUCAGCAAGGUCUACUUGGAUCUCACUCUCAAGGAGGUGGACUCUUGGGUUCCCACAACUUGUUGGGUGGUGGUAGUGGUUUGUUGGGAUCGCUGUUCAAUAAACCCCAAGGGGGUUUGAUCAGUAAUAUUCCAAGCAUUCCUCAAUUUGGAAAUGGGAUAAGUCAGACCCAAUCACAAAGUCAAGCAGGAUUUUUCCCCCAGGGAAUAUUCAGCAGUUUCGGUAACUUCUUCAACAGGCCGCCAUCUUCAGGCUCCCCUCCGGCAGUCCAAAAUGUGCCCCAGGUCACAACCCCAAGUGACCCCGACGACAUAAUUUACAACGAUGAAACAGCCACCCCUGUUAACACUAAUUAUGAUCCCGUUCCAGAUGCCUACAGCAACGGAGGAAGGCCAGGAAGACCUAGACCCGGUUUAUAUUACAACCAGAAUAGUUAUUACAACAAAUUAUCGCAAUAUUCAAUAAACAGAGGCUACUGAACCAGCCAUCUGUGGAUAAUUCUCUAAAUGGUUGAGAAAAAGUCGAGGGUACCUACUGUCUAAACUGCCACCGUGUAUACUUGAUUCAAUGGAUGUAAUUGAAAAAUGUUCGGUUACUUCCGAAGGCAUAAUUAAAUGCUUCAUUACAGUGACUCACU